UCUUCCCAUUCCCCCGCUUCCCCUAAGGCUAUUGAUCAAGCCACUUCAUCCAACCCAACCCCAACCUCAACCCCUCAUUCCCAAAUUUGCACAAUUGUACAGUACACCCUUCAUACAAUUCAUAAUACCUGCACCUACUUCUAAAUCCAUACACAACCCUCAAAUGCCUUCACGAAGACGUCGUCAAGUUGUUUGCUCUCCUCCCAUGAUCCCGCCCAACCACUAACAUUCCCUAGAUUGAAGAAGAAUCGGAAGAAGAAGAUGAACGCCCAACCCAACGCGUAAGAGGCCGGGUACAAGCCGCAGAUUCGGACGAUGAAAGCGAAGAGGCUGAGGAAGGCGAGGGGGUGGACGCCGGUGGUAAUGGUGAGGCCGAUAGUCAGGAUCAAGUAGUCAAGAAACUUGUUCGAUAUGCGCUGGCGUGUGAAUUUCAACGUCUUCCCAUCAAGAGGACGGGUAUUCCGGAGAGAGGUUAGUAGGAAUCAUUUCAAGAAUGAGAUGCGCAAAUACUAAAUAUGUUAGUUCUGGGUAACAACAAGAAAGUUGGCUCCUUUAAGCGUGUUUUUGAGGCGGCGCAGAAGAUACUGAGAAGUAAAUUUGGGAUGGAGAUGGUGGAGUUGCCUGGACGGGAAAAGGUUUCAUUGAAGGACAAGAGAGGUAUUUUCUUUACGCGGUACUCUCUAUUCUUCAUGGUCAUUCUAACCCCUCAUAGCGGCCUCAAAAGCCAAACGCACAGCCAAGGCAACGACAUCCUCAUACAUCCUCAUCACCACAUUACCCAUCGCAUACCGAGUUCCCGAAAUCAUUGCACCCUCCCUCAUUGAAAGCGAGGAAGAGGAGGCCGCGUACGUGGGUCUAUGCACAGUCAUCGUCUCAUACAUCUCCAUGAACCCAAAUGACGCAGUCGCGGAUCACAAAUUCAUGAGAUUUCUACGACGACUGAACGUGGAAGAAAACACGCCUAUUGACAAGACCACUGUGGUGCUGGCUAAAAUGAUGAAACACGGAUACAUUUGGAAGUUUAAUGACAGGCAGGCGGACGGCGAGGAACAAAUCGAAUGGAGAGUUGGACCAAGAGGAAAAGUCGAGAUUGGCAAUAUGGGUAUUUCGGGAUUUGUGAAGACUGUCUGGGGCGACGAUGCGCCUGAGGAUCUUGAUAAAAGGCUACAGAGAAGUCUGGGGAUGGAGGUUAGAAGCACUGAAGCCAAUGAAGCUAAUGGAGUAGAGGCGGCGCCAGUUGAGGAAGCAAAUGGUAGAGCUGGCCCUUCUCGCAGAAGAAGGGGGGUUGAUGAUUGAGAAAUGAUAUUUUCGACUUGUCCUUUGUACUUUGCGCAUAAGGCGCAUUGUAGCUUUUCUUGCAAGAACAUUUUCUGCCGUUCUUUUUUUGAUGUAUACCCUGAUUUUCCUCUACUUGUUCGCAGAUUGUAUUUCAGAGCCAAUAGAUGCCAUUGCCAACUCCCAACUCUCGACCGUGCCAGCGCUUGCGCCUUUCUGUAUAAAAGUUGAGGACACCCUUGUACGGAGUAUCUGUGAAAGAAAGCUGGCUCUAACCAUACUUUCUAUCAAUCCUGAACUUCCGGCGGUUUUCC